AUGGAAAUUGAUUUAGAUUCUGGACAUACAGGUGUUAAUCAACUCGGUGGAGUAUUUGUCAAUGGUCGACCAUUACCUGAUUCAACGCGUCAAAAAAUUGUUGAUUUGGCACAUCAGGGAGCUCGACCAUGCGAUAUUUCAAGGAUCCUGCAAGUCUCUAAUGGCUGUGUAUCGAAAAUUCUAUGUCGAUAUUACGAGUCGGGUACAAUUAGACCCCGAGCUAUUGGUGGCUCGAAACCUCGUGUUGCAACAGUCAGUGUGUGCGAUAAAAUUGAAAGUUACAAACGUGAACAACCAUCUAUUUUUGCUUGGGAAAUACGGGAUAAAUUAUUGCACGAGAAGGUGUGCUCCCCAGAUACAAUACCUAGCGUAUCGUCGAUCAACAGAGUACUGCGAAAUUUAGCUGCAAAGAAAGAGCAGCAAGCGAUGCAAAAUGAUUUCUACGAUCGAGCACUGCGAUACUCUUCCACCCAAUGGUACAAUCAAUGGCCGAUGGGUGUGCCUGGUGCUGUUGGUUUAGCGCAGUUGCCACCAUUAACACAGGCUAAUCAUAUUGAUAAGAAAGAUUCUGGUAAGUUUCUUUGA